AUGAAUCAUUACGAAAAACAGCUGUACACUGUGUUUAAAACCUUCGACGUAGAUAACGAGGAAGCCCUAGACAAGUCCGCUGUAUUAGAGUUGUGUGACGCCUUGCAGCUCGAGGACCGUGGCGCGGCGUUGGUUGACUCGUUGUUUGAGCGGCGCUCUGGACGCGUCACCUUCACACAGUUCCGGAACGGGCUGCUCUCCGUACUUGGCGGAAACCAGCCCGCAUCGUUGUCUACCACCACUACAACUGAAGCCACAAGCACUACCACCGCUACCGCUAAUAUCGUGACACCGCAUAUCGACGAAGACUCUUCGAACCGAGAAGUUGCACCAAAGUUUGUUUACGGUUCAAAAAAAUACGGGCGCCGAUCGCGACCGCAACACGUCGCUCGUGACGAGGUGCCGCGCCCUCGCGUUGCGUCCGAUUCGCGGCUAGAAGGUGAACGCUCCAGGCAACGUAUGCGGUGCAAACGCAGUGCGUCCGUCAUGGAGAGCCGAGGGUCAACAGGCAGCGAGGACGCCGACCACACUGCCGCUGGUGACCUCGAUCAUGACAGACGCGUAGAUCGCGAACGGGCAUUGUCCUUGUGCCGCAGCCUCCAAAUGACCGGAAUCGAUAGUCGACUCGUGGAUGGGGUGUUUGUAAACGCGCCUGCGGAUGAGAUCACCGUGGGAGAAUUUUUUGACCGUCUAAACGCGUCCCUCACCACAUCGAUAGCUGCAUCUCUGGAUGGGCCAGGAACGCCAUCACGCGAUGCCCUCUCUGGCGCUGCCGAAAACGAACUAGAAGAUGCGAUAUUGAGUGACACCAUAGUAGAGGCUUGGGAGCGAGCCGGCGUGCAGCGGUCUCGCCGGUUGCUCGUCGAGUUGGGCUUUGCGACUACCUCUGUGCGAGCCCCAGAUCUGGAACGUGCGCUCGAUGACGAACUUCAGGCAUUCACAUCAUCACCCGAUGGUCAAGCGGCCGCCCGAAACCUUUUAUUUUUAGCUUCGCUGGCGUUUUUCCGAUUACGAUUGGAGCGAUCCCAACAACGUAUCGGCGCCGCUAUCGCCGAGAGGGAUAAGCUUCGCGUAGAUCUCGCGGAAGCGAACCGGCGCGCGCGUCUUCUAGCUCAGGACGUAGACGAGAAUCAUGCCCGCAUCGAGGCCGAGCUAAAGGCUAGUUUGCGGCUCGUGGAGUCCCGACACGCGGAGGCAGCCCGCGGCGCGGCCGCCGAGGUGGCGGCGGAGCGGGAGCGCGCGGCCGCGGCGCACGCGCGCCUCCAGGAGGAGGUCGCCCGGCGCGCCGACGUCGAGGCGCGGCUGCGGAGCGACGCCGCGGCCGCGCGCGAGCGCAUGAAGGAGCUGGAGGGGCGCGCCGCCGCCGCCGAGGAGCGGGCGCAGCAGGCGGAGCGCGAGCGGGCGCGCCUCGCCGCCGAGAGCCAGGCGGCUGAGGAGAGCGGCGCGGGGGCGGCGGAGGCGUCGCGCCUCCUCGCCUCGCGACUCGAGGCGACGCUGGACGAGCUCCGCCUCGAGAACAAGGCCCUGCGCGACCGCAACGACGAGCUGUGCGCCGAGCUGGAGGCGGCGCCGCGGCCGGCGGUGGCUCGUGGCGGCGAUGCCUCCUGGCGCGACGAGGCGGCGCUCGACGCGUCGCUUCCCAUUGGCGAUUGCUCCCAAGAGUGUGAUACCUCAUCACCCAUAAGUGACCAAAUCGCUCGGCGCGAUGGGGAUCUUAAAAAAGUGAGAAGCUUAGUGGCCAGUAUUCAAGAUUUAUCUUUGUCCAUGAAUGACAAAUGCCAAUCAUGUUCGGCCGUCGGUAGAAUAGUUGCUUCAAUGGAAACGCGCGAUGAUGGAGGUGGGGGCGGGGGCGCGGUGGCGAGCGCAGAGGCCGCCUCGCAGACAGAAGCCUGUCGCUGUCCAGAGGCUGCGGAACUCUCGGAGACACUCGAGAGCGUCAAACGGUCCCACAUGGAAGAGAAAGCUCAACUGAUGGGCGUAAUUAGCGAUUUGGAGUCGUCGUGCGAGCAACUGAAGGUGGACUACGACAAAUGCGAGGAGUACUGGUCUGCAAAGUUGGACGAGGAGCGGGAGAUGUUCAACGAGGAGCAGCGCGCCGGCGACGAGAGGCUGGCGGAGCUGGUGGGCAAGAUUGGCGAGUACGAGCGGCAGUUCGCCCGCGCGCCCCUGCCCACCAUCGAGGAGCGGGCCGCGCUCGAGCAGCAGGUCACCGCGCUCGAGGAGGAGUUCGCCGCCUACCGGCGCGACGCCGAGGCGCAGCUGGCGCGCGCGCGGCGCCGCCUCGACGAGGCGGAGCGGGCGCGCGCCGCGCCGCCCCGCGCCCCUGGCGCCCCCCGCCCCCCGUGCCCCCCGUGCCCCCCUUGUCCCCCUUGUCCCCCUUGUCCCCCUUGCCCGUCGUGCGCGGCCGGCGUGCUGCGCGCGCGCGCCGCCCGCGCCGAGCGCGCCGCGCAGCGCCUGGCCGCGCGCCUCGCCGCCGCCGACCUGCUGGUCAAGGACCUCUACCUCGAGAAUUGCCGCCUGGCGCACCGACCGCGGCUGCCC